CUCCUCCUGAAAGGUGCAGAUACCCUGGCAUUCAUCGAUGCUCCUUCCUACAAACCUACUUGGUCCCUCCAGCCGAGUUCCAGCCAAUCUAUCCCGCACCGUAUCCAUAGCGGCAUAUUGCUACAAACGAGAUCCCCUGUUAUCCGCAAGCUAUUCGAACCAAGGGCCCAGUCGCGCAAUAUCAAACGUCGCGGACCUCUCCCAGAUGGCAUCAAGUACAUCAUAGAUCUCACUCCUCCUUCAACUGAAGACGACGCCGUCUUGUUUCUCACUGAGUUAUCCUGCCCGCAGGGUAUUAUGACCUGGGCUGGUACAAGAACCCGCUGGGAUCUGCCGCCGGCUUGUGUCGCGGGGAAAGACCCACGGCCGAUGGCGGGGGAAGGUCAGGCUAAUUCUGGCUUACUCCAGGAAUACUCGCCUGCUCAGCAUCGUGCGGGUAUAGUACACCUUCUUCAAGCGCUGGAUGGAACAACACCACAGCUGAACACUCCUUGUAAACUUUGGACUUUCUUUGCGCUAGCCAAAUUGUACGAGGUCGCUACCCUUCCCCAGAUCAGUAUCCCCGUGCUGUCGUGGAUCUAUGAGGGUAACAAUAAACGCCUCAUCGAGCUCCACCCGGAAAUCGCCUAUCGCAUAGCUCAGGGAACUCAGUGUGGUUACCUCUGUUGGGAUGCAUUCGCUGUCCUAGUCGGAGAGGAGGCUCUGCUUUCUCUGCACCAGGCAAACCUGGGAGUUAUCAGCCCCAAGAAACGAGAGGCGACUUUCCACGGACGCCCCCGGGAAUCACUGAGUGACGAAGAGCUCCAGCGUGUUGAAUAUGCCAGCCAGGCGUUCAUGGAGCAUGCAAUCCAGCGAUUCAUUAGCCUCGUAGGCACAAAAAUGCACUGGCUCUCCAACUUGUCCUCGUUUCAGAGUAUCCUGCUCUACAAAAUAGAGACGCCCAGGGAAUACGAGGUUGUUUCUCGUCUUCUUUCCUCCGUGAAAGAUUUUGUGCGAGGUAGCAUUGUAGCAACCCUAGAUCAAUUAUCCAUAACCUAUCUUCCAAAAAAGUUCAACGUCGACGACCGCGGUGCCUACCCGACGCACGCUUUCAUGAAUGUCUACAACUCCAUGGAUUGUGUGGAGUGCAUAAUGAGCAGGACUUUCUGGAAGCAUCUUUCCGAGAAGAAAUUCAGCAAAUACGACGGCUUUAAGUUCCUACAAAAGAAGUAUUGGGAUACAUCCCUGGCCACUCUGGGAAACCACAUCGGAGGCUUUCGCGAUGAAGAGAACGCGGUUAUCAGACCAGUCAAUGAUCUCGAGCUAGACCACAAUAUUUUGGCCUUCAACCGCCUUCCUAGGCAUAAUAAUACCCACGACGGAGAUAGCCUCAGGGACGGCAUCUUGACGAGAUUUUCUCUAUCUUAUUUUCUUGUAGAGAUCCAGUCAUUCGUAUCUCAAUAUGCCGGGGACAUGAUUAGGGCGAGCAGACCAGCAAUGACGUACGAGUUGACCGACACACUUACCUGUCUUACCGAUAACGAGUUCAAAUACCUUCCACUAUGGGCCGGAGGGAAUGAUGAUGGAACCGGUGGAGUCUUCGUGGACCAAGACAUUCCAUUUCUUGAAACCGGGGGGUUCUCUGCUCCAGGGCCUUCCAUCCAUACGGACAGUACUACACCUUCUCUAGCCUCUUUCUCUAUCUUUUCGGCUUGCACCUUCAGCACAGUCCAGAGGGCAUCUCACAAAGCGACUGAGAGCCAUGAGAGCGACGUUCUAUCUCUUAAUUCCGACGCUUUCUCAAAAGCUGGAGUCUCAGACAGACCAAACCAUACUUCGAAAUCCACCGCAUCCGAAACUGAUAUAAGUGAUGACUCCUUUACACUAGGCUCAUCUGCAGACGAUGUUGAGGACUUUCCUUUCGAUGACGACAGCGACAGUGAUGAUACCGUUGUCAUGGAUCACCCUGACGAG